CAUUAAAGAGCCCGAGCUGACUGGUGACUGUAGGUCGAGUCUGGGAGAGGGGCAGCCUGGAAUGGACUAUCCUACGUAAACGUUAGCUGAGGAGAUAUGUCAUUUUAAUUGGUGCUUUAACUCUAUAGCAUAGCAGUGUGUUAAUAACGCACAUAACACUUUACAUAUGCUUCGAGGUUUGCCUUAAUGUAUUACCGUAUUAAAGUGGUGCUGUUAACUAUAUUUAAAAGAAAUACAUGGAUCAGCAGUGUCUUGCAAAGGUGGAGUAUUAUUAGCAAUCCAGGCAGUGCAACUGUCCUUCUGUUGUCUUGGCAAAGUGCAAAAAUGAAGUCAUAGGCCACUGUAUCCUGAAUCUACAAGUAAAAAAAAAAAAAAAAAAAAAAGAACUAGAGUUAGAAGCUCCAGCAAAGAACUGCUGCCUGAUGCCCAUGACUGCGCCCCCAUUUCCCCGCCUCCAUACCCUCGUCCAGCUGAAAUAUGCCCCGCCGUCCCAAGCCUUCCAGGAAAACUCGGCCUCGGGGGAGGACUGUGGGGAAGAAGGAAACCCGGCCUGUAUCCAAGAGGCGCACCUGUAACUCCAGCAAGCCCCGUGGGAAGACCGUGCAGAAGAAGGCUAAGGAGACGGGGAGAUCUGCAGCAAGGAGCCAGCCGACUAAAGGGCAGCAGGGCAGUCGUCUCAGGAAACUCGCUAACGAGGGCAGUGCCAGAGCUUCAGGGUCAAUACGGCUUAGGUGCUCUCAAGAUCCACUGGCCCAGUACGGUUUAUCUGAAGACCUCUAUGGUCGAAGGAAGUCUCUUCGCGGCACCUCAGUUUUCCAGUGCCUCCCACCAGCCCUGCUUCCCAACAGACGGAACCGGGCCGCUAGUGGGCGGGGUCAGCUGGGUGGAGUUCAGAAAGGGCGGCGCAACCCGGAACAUGAUUCUGCAGCUAGGUGUGAGGAGCAGGGGGCGGAGGUGUCUGUCCCGGGCAGCCAGGGCCAUCCUGUAAUUCCCCCCGUUGAGCAGGUCGCUGAGGAGCCUGCUGAGGACGGGAUGCCUCCUUCCGGUGAGGAGAAUGAGCCUCUGUGCUCGAUGAGCACGAGUGCAGAAGCUAAACCUAGUGAUGCUGCUCCUGAGUGCACAGAUCAGGACCAAACCAUGUCAAUACAGUCGGUGCUCACUGUGGAGGUGGGGCACACUGCUGAUCUAAGUCCCCAGUGCCCAAUAGAACCAGCUCUCCCAGACUCGUCCGUCAUGGAGACCUCAAAAGAAGAGGAGGACUUGAACCAAGGUGCUGAAACGCAGGAAGAGGUGUGCUCUGUUUUGUUGCUUGUCGACGAUCAGGUACCCCAAGUCACUCCUGUGAGUCCAAAGCCGGCGAAUGUGCCGCCGCAGGUCUGUGCAAUAGUAGACCACUACCCUACACCUCAAGAGACCAAGAGCCAAGAAACGGGACUCCACAUCUUGGCUCAGUGCAUCGAAGAGACCAAAGAAUACUCCGGAAAUUUCGAGCCGUUAGUGGGACCCAACACGGAUGCAGAGGCUCCAUCACUCCUCUUCCCUGGAUCAGAAGUCAGCAGCCUCACGUCAGGCUCAGACUCUAUGCCAAAGAUGACCCUUAGUCUUGAGAGCAAGCUCUCCUGCAGCUCCGAAAGCAACCCGUCCUGGUUUGAUACAGAGUCUGAGCUGGGCUGCCCCAAUCUCCUGGAUCUGGAGGCUCCAGCCUCAUUCCUGGGGUUGGAGCAGGAGAGGAAGAGGAAGGAGAGGAAGAAGAGGAGCCGAUGUGGGGCCUGCGAACCGUGCCUGCGCAAGGACAGCUGCGGGGCCUGCAGCUGCUGCCUCAACCGCAAGACCGGCCAUCAGAUCUGCAAACUGAGGAAGUGCCUGGAGCUGAGGAAGAAGCCCUCUGCUCUGUCAUUGGCUGAGUUGGGGUGCAAGGAUAUUGCCAAACCACGGAAAAAGAGACGAGUUUCCAAGGGUGAGCUGGAGAAAGCCUCGGUCAAUGGCACAAAACCACACCAGAUGGAAGAUUCCUGGCCGUUCCCAGAAUAUGUGCAGGCCUCGAAGGUCAUCGCAGACCCCCCAGGAGUUAGAUACUCACGGGAUGAUGUGGCACUUCCUCUGGAGACGGGACCCAGGACCGGAGACGACGUCAGCCAGCUCCUCCUUCAGCACGUCAGCGGGGUCCCUCACCAGGAUCCAGGAGAUAUGAAACCAAAUGGUGGUGCCUGUGUGGACCUGCCCUCUGCACCCCAAAGAACUUUUUCCAUGCAGCAUAGUUUCGGCUCAAAUUCAAAACCCGCCUCGGCGACAGACUCAGCCUCCCCCCCAAAAAAGAUCAAGAUGGAGGAGCCGUGUGCAUGGGCGGGCGAACAGUCUGUUAGGGACUCGGGGAGCAGUGAUGGAUUUGAGGAUGCCCUAUCCACACUGGCAGCUGUCGUUUGCUUCUCGAUUUCGAAUAAGGAGGAGCAGCUCUAUAGCCCUCAUUCUCCCACAGUGUGCACUUUGAAGAAAGAACCAGAGGAAAUCUUUAGCAAUGCUUGCCCUAAAAAUGCUACUACCACUCCCACUCAGCUAAUCGCUGACCCUGCCCUUGGGAGAGAUGCUCAAAGGCUCUCUUUGCAAAGCGUGCAGUCCUUGGUCAAGCAAAGACACAUCAGUAUUGAGCAAGCUAUUGCUAUCGAGGCCCUAACCCAACUUGCAGUAGCACCCCUAAUGACCCCCUCACAAGCACUUGACCAGGGCCAGCCCCACGAAUACAGGCACUCAUCAAGUUUGGCUUCAAGUACAGACUUAGAUCCACAGCAGAGCAAGUUGGCAUCAGAUACUAUUUCAUACAAAGUGCCAGUAAUCAGCACACCAUCAAACCAAACCUCUGUCAUCCAAUCUCCAUUAAGUAAGCAAAAUAACUUCACCAACAGCUCACACAGCCUUUCCACAAUAGGCAAGCUGUCCUUGCAGGACCUCUUAGAGGCCAGCUCAGAAGCGGAAAGGAUGUCAUCAUGUAUCAACUGUGAAAAGCACUUCCAUAACCAGGACCAAGAUCUUAACAGGAGAAGUGAGCAUACACUUUGUCGAGUGGAGAGGGUAGACGGCACUUUCGAGGGGCACCAAAAGGAGGAAAGGAUACCGCCACUUAGCAAAGUCACAAGGAAUAAGGACGAGGAGGAGGUGGCAGCUCAGUUGGCACAGCUUGCCUUCAUAAUUGAAUCGAGUCACAAGCAGAGCACUGUAAGCACAGCCCGUCCACUUGCCCCGCAGAGUACAAAGGACCAGAACAUUAAGAACAGCUACCAUUCGCUCCUGCACAAGCCUACCCCCAAGAAGCCCAAAACCACACCUUCCAAGCCCAGAAUUUCAAAGAAAAAGGUCAACGCCAACAAGAGCGAUAACAGCCAUGAGUCCGACUUCCCAAAACGGUUAGCCAGUGGCAAGACCCCUCAUAAGACCAAGGUCCAAAAAGUAUUCCCGCUGCAGAAGGUGACAGGCCACCACAAGAACCUGUUUCCUCCCCAAGCCCAAAUGGACCUUAAAAGAUAUAUAGCAGAAGCUUACCACGAGAGGCAUCAAUUUCAGAAAGGCACCAACCUCUGCAGAGAGCCUGAGAGGCCACCUUUUUCUGGGUCCUGGGUUCAGAACGGUGUCACCUGCAAAAGUCCAAAGCUGGCUGCUUCCAUUGGCUCCCAUGAUGACGGGCGUAUUUGUAAUGUUGACCAAGAUCACGGCCAGAGGAAUGGUCACCCGGAAUCUCCGCUGGCACCGAGAUGUCAGCAUGACUUAAUUACUCAGGUAUCGCAGUCCGAUGAUGUUCUACGUAAUGGUGCUACGCUCCAGGCGGGCUUUACAGAGGCCUGCUUGCCCAGUGAAAUCUCCGACCCCAGGCUUGCGUUUCACGACAGAGCCGUGACUGAGAGCUCUGCAGGAGAUCAGAGACCAGCUUUUCCAGCCAAUGAGGGAUACUGCAAGGUGGAGGCUUCAGGGUCAGUCACUGUCCUGUCCAUUUCAAGUCCCAGCGGCGCAGGAAGUAACCCAACCUUUCCCGGGGAAUCCACUCCCACUAAAAACACUCUUAACAGUUUUCUGGAGUCUCCUCUCAGAUUCUUGGAUACACCAACCAAGAAUUUAAUUGACACCCCAUCGAAAAAAGGCACAAGCCCUUCACACUGCGGUUGCAUGGAGCAAAUAAUUGAAAAAGAAGAAGGGCCAUAUUAUACUCACCUUGGAUCAGGCCCAACUGUGGCAGCUGUGCGGGAAAUGAUGGAAAACAGGUACGGGCAGAAGGGGAACGCUGUGCGGGUGGAGGUGGUGGUGUACACUGGGAAGGAGGGCAGGAGCUCUCAGGGCUGCCCCAUCGCCAAAUGGGUGAUACGCCGCAGCAGUGCUGAGGAGAAGCUGCUGUGCCUGGUGAGGCAGCGGGCGGGGCACUCCUGCCAGGACGCCGUGGUGGUCAUCCUCAUCCUGGCGUGGGAGGGCCUCCCGCGCGCGGUGGCGGACCGGCUCUACGAGGACCUGACCCAAACGCUGUGCAAAUACGGCUCGCCCACCAGCCGGCGCUGCGCCCUCAACGAAGAUCGCACCUGCGCCUGUCAGGGAUUGGACCCGGAAACCUGCGGCGCCUCCUUCUCUUUCGGCUGCUCCUGGAGCAUGUACUUCAACGGCUGCAAGUUCGCCCGCAGCAAGACCCCCCGCAAGUUUCGGCUGCUCGGAGACUACCCACAGGAGGAGGAGAAGCUAGAGAAGAAUCUUCAGAGUCUAGCCACAGACCUGGCCCCUGUUUAUAAGAAGCUUGCCCCAGAAGCCUUUCAGAAUCAGGUGGAGCAGGAGGAUGCGGGGCAGGACUGUCGGCUGGGCCUAAAGGAGGGCAAGCCUUUUUCGGGGGUGACCGCCUGCGUGGACUUCUGUGCUCAUGCACACAAGGACACGCACAACAUGAACAACGGGAGCACCGUGGUAUGCACUUUAACCAAGGAGGACAACCGGGCGGUGCGGAACAUUCCGGAGGACGAGCAGCUGCACGUGCUGCCCCUCUACAAGAUCUCGGAGCGGGACGAGUUUGGCUGCGCGGAGGGCCAGUGGGCCAAGAUGCACUCGGGGGCCCUGCAGGUGCUGACGGCCUUCCCGCGCGAGGUCCGCCUGCUGGCCGAACCCGCGAAGUCCGCCCGCAAGAAGAAGCUGGAGGCGCGCAAGGCCUCCGCCGAGAGGCAGGCCCUCCAGGAGAAGAAGCAGGCCGCCCUGGUCAGGACCAAGGCGGAGAGCGGUUCCAAAAGCAUUUUAGCUGAGCAGGUGCCCUCAUUCAAAAUGGAGCCCCAGACUUACUACAGCCCUUUGAAAUUGCCCAAAACACCUGCCACUGCGCACUGCUUAGCUGAGAAUUACAGUUCUUCUGUCCCGUAUAACGUCAGUAGUCCAUACCCUUUAAUCCCUGCAGCACCCGUCCCCGACGUGGAGGCACUUUCCCCCCUCCAGCCCGGUGUCUCUGGCCCCCCUUAUGGGUAUCUUGGCCUGCCAGGGAGCCACGGAACCAACUACGGAACUCCCUUCCUGCAGUACGGCACCACAGGCCCAGUCGUCAAUGGAUACUCGCUCAGUGUCGGCGAGCAGAACCUGCUUAGCAACCAGCAGCUGGGAGCCGAUUCCGCAGCGUGUUUAAGCUCUCCAGGGGUGGGGGGCUGCCCCCGCGCUCUCAAAAUGGAGGUGGGUGAGGAAGGCUGCCGGUCCUCUUUCCACAGGCCGUCCAGCGAGGGCAGUUCUGAAGACUCCUCCCCAAAAGUCCAAGAGGGCCUCAGAAGCAGGCCCAACGGGUACCACGGGGAGGUCCAGGAUCCUGCCCUGGCCUCGGGCGGCGUCAAAUGCGAGGAGGUGUGGUCGGACAGCGAGCACAACUUCCUGGACGAGGACAUCGGCGGGGUCGCCGUGGCGCCCUCGCACGGCUCCAUCCUGAUCGAGUGCGCCCGGCGGGAGCUGCACGCCACCACGCCCAUCGUCAAGCCCGACCGCAGCCACCCCACCCGCGUCUCGCUCGUCUUCUACCAGCACAAGAACCUGAACGAGGGCGGCCACGGCCUGGCCGUGUGGGAGGCCAAGAUGGCCGAGCGGGCCAGGGAGAGGGAGGAGGAGGCCGAGAGGCUGGGGGCGGGGCUGGGGGGCGUGGGCGGGGCCGAGGCCAGCCCGUCCAAGUCCAAAGCCAAAAAGGCCAGGCCGGGCGGCGGGAACGGCGGGGAGGAGGAGGAGGAGGAGGAGGUCUUCCCCAAGGAGGCGGGUCUCCUGCAGGUCCCCACGCGGCACGCGCCGUCCGUCACGCGGGAUGGGCUGGUCACCGCGUCCCCGUACGCCCUGACCCAAGUCACCGGUCCCUACAGCCGCUGGGCGUGACCCGCCCUGCCGGACCGUACCUCAGUCACCUUACCGCCGUCUGCUCUUCCUCUUUCAUUUUUACUUUCAUCUCAGCUGUCACCAGAAUGAGGGUUUACAGUUUGGGUUUUAACUGUGAGUAUUUCUGUAUCUAUGUAAGUGUGUAUGUGUGUGUGUGUGUGUGUGUGUGCAUAUUCAUGCACAUUAUUUGUGUUUGUUUUGUUUUUGUAACCAGAAUGGUGCUCCAAAACCGAUUUUGAAAAUGUUUUCAACAGGUUUUCUAUACAAAUUGAAAAAGAACAUACAUACCUAGGUGAGAUUAUUUAUUCUGAUCAUUGUCAAAGCUGUUUUUAAUUUAAUCAAGCCUGUUUACUGCAAUUGUGCUGUGUGUCAGCCUACAUGUUGCUUGCAAAGAGUAAACACUCUAAUUUUACAGUGAAACAUUAAUUGUUUACUGUUUGCUCGCAUUGAUGUGCUUUUGGACAUAAGAACCAGUCCCUGGUGCUCUUUUUAUAGGAUGAGUUUUUAAUGAAUAUGGAUUUCAUGUGGUGCCAUUGUUGCAGAAAAAAAUACAUUCAAGAUAAAAGAAAAAUAUGGACAUAUUCUUGUUUUCAUAGGUGAGUUUUUAAUUUUGUUUUGUACUGAAAGACAUGUAGCAUUAUCCUGAAAUAUUCCUUUUCCAACUGUGUUUUGGCUAAUUAUGACAAUGAAGGAAAGGUACUUUAUUUUUAUAUGGUUUUGGAUUUGUUACAUGAGCAUAUUUACAGUGUACAAAGAUGACAUGUUGAAAAGCACUUUCUUAUUUUUAAAGCAUAACUUGAAAUAGAUCAACUUCAAAUCUGUACUGAUAGAGAUUGGGCGAGGCCCACGUACCUGAUCCAUGUCUUCUUUUCACUGUCCGUGUCGCUUUGUGGUGUACAAUAUUCAGCGGUUUCUCCUCACAUUUGUAAUAGCUGACUACCAACACGACGUGCUGUUUGAAGCAAUAAUUGUGUAACGUCAUGUACCGCAUUCAGAGAUGCAGGACUUCUAAAAUUGGUCAUUUAAAUCACACAAAGCGAUUCCCUUUCCUCAAAGAAGCUUUGAAAAUUCCCAGACCAUGAGAUCAUGGGCUAAAUGCAAAGCUUGACAGUCCGUCUUUGGAUGUAAUUACAUUGCGGUUCGACAGAUGAUGGGUGAUUACCCCUGAGCAGGAUCACUCCUCAUACUCGGGCUGGUCUUUCACCAGCACGAUCGCAAUCACGGAUUUUACGUGGGUUUAAACUCGCUUUUGUAUCAUGGAUUACUCAUGCAGAGCAUCCCUGUACAGUUUGUGCCAGGUAGGGUUUAUGACACAGCCAGGCAACUGCUCCCGAGGUUAACCAAUGACCUGACUCGAAUGGCUCUGUCCUCAGGGGGGCUACGAGUCAUAUGGUCACAUGGUAAAGGUGUAUGACGCAGGUGUAGGGCAUGUAGUGAACCCUCCUUUUUCUCUGCAGAAGUGUGGGGGAUCUACAGGUUGGCGUGUGUGCCACAAUCAAAAGACCCCCCAACAAGCUAGCUUAUAGCCUCCAGAUGAUUUUUUAAAAUGUUUGUAGCAACACAGGGAUUGUUGCUCCUUGACCCUUUCUUUGGUCCUUGCAAACAUCUCAAAGCAUCCAUGGGGGAAGAAAGUGCUGUGCUAUAUGUAACUAUGAAAUCUAAUUCUGUUUUGCUUUUUGAGUUGAUUUAAAUUUUUUUAAAUGUAAAGUUUACAGGCAUUCUGUCACAGGGCUUUUUGGACCUUUGCUCGCAUUUAAGACCUGAGUUGAAUUCUUUUUAAGCAUGUAUUUUGCUUUUUAUCUUGGUGCUACAAUAUAUGGUGCACAAAGUUGUUCUUCUAAAUAAGCUUUUGUUUGCCAUUCACAUUAACGGUGCUUGCUACCAAAAGAUUGCCGAUUUAUUUCUCCAGCAGAAAUGGAGCGUAAGCUUUGUACUGCACAUGCUCUGUCUGGACUGUGUUCAGAACAGCAGUGUUCAGAUCAUUCUACCUGGUCUUUGAAGCUUAACAGCGACAAGAACAACAACAAAGGCACAACUACACGUGAAAACCUUGAAGUCCCUGAGCUGUAAUCCUUUAAUCCAGAAGCCUGCCUUAUGUGGCUUCAUUCAGUUCCGCAUAAUGAAACACAUUGCCGGGUCUUUCAGCUGGAGAGCAUAACGCCAGAUAGAGGUGGAGUUGGAGUAUGUCAGAGGAGGAAGAGUGUAGGAAUGUUAAAAUCAGAAGAGAAGUGAUCUUGUAUCGCAGGCAUGUGUGGAGGUUGGCAGCUUUUACUGGUGCUGACUACCGCUUUUUCUGCAACACUGUUUCAUGUUAAAGGGAGUUAAACGGUGCAAAAGGGAGAGAGCGCCUUACCUCACACCGCUGCCUGAAUAAUGGCUUAACACGCCUGUGGCAGUCGGUCCGCCGGAGAGGCG